ACCAAACAAGGUGCCAUAUGUAGCAAAAGGAUAAAAAAACAUUUUAGCCAGCAAGACAUGGUGGUAGACAGACAGAGAAUACAUUUUGGUCUUCGAUCUGGGAAAAGAAAACCUUGUUACACAAAACACAAACUGGGAGACCGACCACAACGUUGACAACAAUUACACCACCACCCCAAAAUUCCCCUUUUUUCCCAAUCAAAAAGACUUCAAUUUUUCUUGAAAUUUGCAAAAAAAAAUUGCAAAUUUCAAACACUUGUUUACAACUUGAACAACAAGAAGAAGAACCCACAUCAUAAUCAUCUUAGGAUCUUGAAAUUCAUCCAAAGAUCUGUGCUUUUUGAAUCUUUAUGGAACAACUUAUCAACUUCAUCAUUCGUCCUCCAAGAGCCGAGUAUGAUCCGAAUAAUGAUUUACUAGAUCAAGAAUUCAUGCUUAAAAGAAAGUGGUUUCAAAGGAAAGAUAUAGAGAUUAAAAAUAGCCGAGGAGAUGUUCUUAAGUGUAGUCAUUACGUGCCUAUUGUGAGUCCUGAAGGAAAGCCUCUGCCAUGUGUAAUAUACUGUCAUGGAAACAGUGGGUGCCGAGCAGACGCUAGUGAAGCAGCUAUAAUAUUAUUGCCGUCAAAUAUUACCGUAUUUACUCUUGAUUUCUCUGGGUCUGGACUAUCCGGUGGAGAGCAUGUCAGUCUCGGGUGGUAUGAAAAAGAUGAUUUGAAAUCCGUGGUAGAUUAUUUGCGGGCUGAUGGAAAUGUUUCACUAAUCGCCCUUUGGGGACGAUCAAUGGGUGCCGUAACAAGCCUGAUGUAUGGAGCCGAGGAUCCGUCAAUUGCGGGAAUGGUUCUCGACAGUCCUUUUUCGGAUUUGGUUGAUUUAAUGAUGGAACUCGUGGAUACGUACAAAAUACGUCUGCCCAAGUUUACUGUUAAAUUUGCGAUUCAGUACAUGCGAAGAGCCAUUCUUAAAAAGGCAAAAUUCGAUAUUGUCGAGCUGAAUACCGUAAAGGUUGCAAAAUCUUCUUUUGUUCCAGUUCUGUUUGGCCAUGCUACUGAUGAUGAUUUUAUACAACCGCAUCACUCUGAUCGUAUCUAUGAAGCUUACAUGGGUGACAAAAAUAUCAUCAAAUUUGAGGGCGAUCAUAACUCUCCACGUCCUCAAUUUUAUUUCGAUUCUAUAAAUAUCUUUUUUCACAAUGUCUUGCAUCCUCCGGAAGAUGAAGUCAUGGAGAGCUUCCUUGAUUCGUCUCUUGAUUACAUUGGCCAUGAAAUCCAUGGGGUUGGAUAUGAAGACGAUCUUUUAGUUACACCACAAGCAUCAAGUAGUACCGAGGAUGCGAUCAGUCAACUCCGCUCUAAAAGGCCAAUGAGUAGGACUGAGGUCCCUUCUGAUAUCCCGUCAACGGAUAAACAAUGUAAUUCCGAGGAUGAAGGAACUACAACCGAACCUAUUCCGUCAUCUUCUAAAACGAUCAACUUUGAGUUUUCGAACGGUCAUUCUUACAAACCGUCAUCACCAGAUGAUCAUGAAUACGUCGAGUACCCACUUCAAAACAUCGAAGGUUUGCCAAGCGAUAUCGAGGAAGAAGAAAGGAUGUUCAUGGAAGCUGUACUUCUGUCGUUACAAGAUUUCGAACCGAAACAACCUGCUGAUAACGGCAAGUCUUCAGUGACCAAUGCCAGUCAGAGUCCGCCAAUAAAAGCCGAUCCUAUACGGGCUUCAACAGAAAGCAGCAGUGAUUCACCUUCUCAGUUUGUUUCUCCGUGUAAUAGCACAUCAUCAGCUGAGCAACAACCGUCGAAUAUGACCCCGUCUGUUGUUGGUUCGUCUGAUGCUGACGUGGCAGACCGGACCAAAGCGACGGUAACGGUUGAAAGAAGCCUGUCUAGUAACAUAAUGGACGGGUUGUUAAAAAGAUGGGAUCUUAACUUUUUUAAGAGUAGAUGAUGGUUUCAAGAGCUCUUGGUUAUAGGAAGUCUUCUAUAUUGAUGGUUAUAAAUUUUUUUUUUUUUUGGUUUUGGAGGUGGGGUGGUGAUUUAUUGAUUUGAUACUGAAAAAUGAAAAUGGAAUUGGGCAUGUGAUAGAAAUAUGGGAGAUUGGUGUAAUUUGUUGUACAUAAGGUUCAAUCCAUGUUUUUAUUUUUACAUAUAA